GAAAAGAGGAACCUUUCUGUGCCAAAAAAAAAAAAAAACCGUUCUUUCUGCCUAAUAUCCCUGUUUACGAGACCGACGACGGCGAUGGAAGAAUUGGAGUGUGGUCUCAACGAGGGUUGUUUAUCCGUCUCUACUUUGCCAGACAAGGGUCGUUGCCUUUUUGCCACCAGACACUUCUAUCCAGGGGAAGUCAUUCUGAGAGAAAGGCCUUAUGUUUCCGUUCCUAAUAAUAAGUCCAGAUGUGAUGGUUGUUUUAAGACGAGUUCUCUUAAAAAAUGUUCAGUUUGUCAGAUGGUUUGGUACUGUAGUAGCUCAUGUCAGAAGGAAGAGUGGAAAUUGCAUCGUCUUGAAUGUGAUGCUCUUUCAAAGCUUGAUAAAGAACGAAGAAAAUGCGUUACACCUUCUUUGCGUCUGAUGCUCAGACUCUACAUUCGGAAGAAAUUGGAAUCCGAAAGGAUUAUUCCUGCUACUGCUAUGGAAAACUACAAAUUGGUGGAGGCAUUGAUCUCUCAUAUGUCGGACAUAGAUGAGAAGCAACUGGUGCUCUAUGCCCAGAUGGCUAACCUUGUCAACUUGAUGCUUCAGUUGCCUGAUAUCAACAUAAAAGAGAUUGCAGAAAACUUUUCCAAGCUUGCUUGUAAUGCACAUACCAUUUGUGAUAAUGAAUUGAGACCCCAGGGGACUGGACUGUUUCCUAUCAUUUCCAUUAUUAACCACAGCUGCUUGCCAAAUUCUGUUCUGGCCUUUGAGGGAAGAUUAGCUGUCGUACGUGCUGUGCAACAUAUACCCAAAGAUUCUGAGGUGUUGAUAAGCUACAUUGAAACUGCUGGAAGCACUCUGACUCGUCAAAAAGCUUUAAGAGAGCAAUAUCUCUUCACUUGCAAAUGUGUUCGUUGCAUCAAAUUGGGUCAAUCAGAUGAUGUCCAAGAAGGUGCAAUUCUGGAAGGUUAUGGAUGCAAGAAUACUGGAUGUGAUGGCUUUUUGCUACGUGAUUCUGGUGACAAAGGAUUCAUUUGCCAACAGUGUGGACUUGUUAGGAGCAAGGAAGAAAUAAAGGAGUUAGCAAGCGAAAUAAAAUCACUGUCAGAAAAGGUUCUUGAUUCCGUAUCAUCACAAAAUUACCAGGAAGUAAUCACUACAGUUACUACUGAGAAACUGCAAAGAAAUCUGUGCCAUCGUUUUUCAAUCAGCUUGAUGCAAACUCGCGACAAGCUUCUGAAGAUGUUCAUGGAGUUGCAAAACUGGCAUGAAGCUCUAUCGUAUUGCAGGAUGACCAUUCCAGUAUAUGAGAGAGUAUAUCCAAGCUUCCAUCCAUUGCUUGGUUUGCAAUAUUAUACAUGUGGCAAACUUGAAUGGUUUCUUGGGGAGACAGAGAAUGGUGUGAAAUCUCUAACCAAGGCAGUUGAUAUACUUAAAAUCUCUCAUGGAACCAAUACACCUUUUAUGAAGGAGCUGCUGAUGAAAUUGGAUGAAGCUCGUGCCGAAGCCUCUUAUAAACAAACUCUCACCUAAACACGACUGAAAAUCUUAUUUUCUGCUGCUUCUCUUAACUUGUAUGGGAUUUUGUCUAUUUGAUUACACAAUUUUUUUUGGCCUCUGCUUUAGAAAUAUAAUUUGUCAUUGUGAAGGUAAUUAUAAUGUUGAUGAGCAAAAGCCAUGUAGAAGAGUAUUGGUAAUUGUACAAUGGCAGAAAUAGUGAUGGCAGUAAUACUGAAAUUGAACCAAAUGGAAAUGGAUCUAUUCUUUUGUGCACCA